AAAAUUACUGUACGUUAAUUGUUACUGUUGAUCAAUACCAGACCCAUUUCGAAAUGUAGUCACAUGCAAUUUAAAUGUGUGUCAAUAAAAUAAAAUCCACAGAAUAAUAUAUACCUGCUGCACAACAUGGACAACUAUCCAGAAAAGUCUGGCUAUCCGCCACCACCUGCCUAUAGUCAGGUUUACUCUCAGCCGGGUCAAGGAUUCUCACAACCAGGUCAAGGAUUCUCACAACCAGGUCAAGGGUUUUCACACCCGGGUCAAGGUUUUUCACAAUCUGCAGUGUACAAUCAACCAAAUAUUAUACCCUCAAGAAAUGUUGUCGUACCGAACGGACAACAUACACAAGGGAACAUACCCAAAGACUGGACCGUGCCUGCAGUUUUUGCAACCUUCUGUUGUGCUUGGCCAUUGGGGAUAAUGGCGAUCUUAAGCGCAAGUAACGCAAAACAAGCAGUCCAACGUGGAGAUAUGGAAUUAGCACAUUUGAAGGCAAAGAAUGCCAGAAACCUAGUAAUAGUUGCAGUAAUUGUGGGACUUCUUGGUUGGGCUUUUUUAGUGGCAUAUAUAUUAAUUCGGAUUUACGUAUUUUAGUUGGAGAGUUGAUUAUUCCAAUUGAAAGGCCAGACAGUUUACAUAAAAACGGAUGAAUUAAAAUCACAUGUUUCAAUUAGUAGAAUAUGUAUAAUGUUUGUAUAUUAUUUAAGAAAUGAUCUGAAAUAGUUCUGGAAAACCUGAUAUUAUUGUAAUACAAUUAAAUUAUUUUUUACUCA